UGUUUCCUUCAUACAAAGUGGACAUAUUUCAGAGACAAAGCAACAAGUGUCAAAGGGUCAGUGCUGGAUUUGAGGAUGGGACACACUUGGCUGUCCGUCCUGUUGCUACCCUUUUCAAUCUUUAUUUUAGUGCUGAAUACACUCUUCUACGAUGGACACGCUCAAGAUGCUGCUGUGCUGACGACUGAUCCCAACUGGUCCACUUUUUUCAUCGGAGAGUAUGUCACCUUCAUAUGUGACAUGAACGAAGAAGAAGGUGACCAGUGGAUGUACAAAAUUAACAAGGAUGGCCAAGAAUAUGUCGUAGAAAACACGCAUCAACGGUACACACUCGGACGUCUGUCUACACAUCACAGUGGUGACUAUGAGUGCAUUGGUCGCAGGAAGAGCUCAAAAAACACAACGAAUAGUAAUACUGUCUCUUUAACUGUUUCAGCAGCUACACCCACGGCCACACUGACACCAGGAACCACAAACACAUCAGUAGGAGGCAGUGUGAAACUGACCUGCUCUGUGCAGAACUCUGUUGGCUGGAUAUAUGAGUGGCUCAAAGUUACCCAGGAAACCUCUGAAGUUGUACUGAAUCCGCUUGAAGCAAAUGACAGAGAUAACAGAGUUCUCAGUGUAUCACAAGGAGGCGUCUACCAGUGCAGAGGAGGAAGAGGAAAACCAGUUUUCCACACUCAUCUAAGCGAUGAGGUCACCGUUAGGAUCACCUUUUCCAAUGAGGCGGUUUUAACAUCACGCUGGCCUCAGAUCUUCAGUGGUGAAAGAAUCACUCUGACAUGUGAGAUCAUUGGAGGGGAAACCACCACGUGGGUGUACGAAUGGAGAGGAACCAAGUCCUAUAUACACUGGACAGCCAAUAACUACUACAUGUUCAAGGUUUCCGAAUCCGGCAGAGACUACAUGUGUAGGGGUAGACGCAAAGAUGACCUCUAUUCAUUAACUGAGUGGAGCAAAGCCGUCUCAUUGUCAGUAUCACGUAAACCAAAGGCUCUAUUGAAGGCUGACGUCAGAGACAUUCCAGUAGGAGGCAGCGUGACCCUGGUCUGCUCAGUGAACCAAUCAUCUGGAUGGGAAUACUUCUGGUACAGCGAUAAGAAAUCCUCUGAACCCCUGAGCACAAAAGAUGCAGCUUUCCGUUCAAAUGGACGAAUCAGUGUGUCAGAGGGAGGACUCUACUGGUGCAGUGGAGGAAGAGGAACCUUUGUUUAUUACACAGAGGACAGCGAUCCAGUCCAAAUCAGAAGAAAUGAAACCAAAGCUGUUCUCACUGUGUCUCCAUCAUGGCUGACUCCUGAAGCCUCAGUAACCCUCAGCUGUAAGGUUGAACAUCCGUCCACAGGAUGGAGGUUCUACUGGUAUAAGGCUGUUCCUGAUCUAUCAGGCAACUCGUACCGUUAUGAGCUGCUGCCUGGUAGCACCAGCGGGACUGAACAAGAUUCCUACAUUGUUCAUGGACAGACACAGACAGCAGGAUAUGCAUGUAGAGCUGGAAAAGGAGAGCCAGUGUAUUAUACUGGUUACAGUGAAUCUAAGUUUGUCUGGUCUGGAGAUCUUCAUUCAGCAGCAUCUCUGACAGUAGAUCCUAACACAGUGCAGCACUUUCUCUCUGAUUCUGUUUCACUAAGUUGUGGAGGAAACUCUUCUGAAGGGAGAGUGAGCAUGUUUACUGAAGAUAGCGUUCUGCAACACUGUCCUGGAUGGAGAACAAUGAAUGGAUCAACACGUAUUGUUCAUAAGAUACAGUACGGGAAAACAGUGUACUGGUGUGAGUCUGAUUCAGCAUUCAGCAAUGCAGUAAACAUCACUGGACAGUGUGAUGAUGACGGUAUUAUCCUAGUGAGCCCCGUCCAUCCUGUGACUGAGGGAGAUUCUGUUACUCUAGGCUGCAAGUUGAGGACAGAAAAUGUUCUUUCUGAUGUGCUUUUCUAUAAAAAUGGCGAACGCGUCCAAAAUGACAGCAGAGGAGAGAUGAGCAUCCCUGCAGUGUCAAAGUCAGAUGAAGGUUUCUACAAAUGUCAGUACUCAGAAAAAGAAUCAGCACAGAGUUGGAUGGCAGUGAAAUGUUCUGGGUCUGAAAGCUCCUCACUUGCAGUCCCGUCUAUUAUUGCUCUGAUUUGUGGAAUUUUACUGAUCAUGAUCCUGCUGUCUCUGCUGCUGUACUGCUACAGAAAGUCAAAGGAUCCACAUUUUGACUGGCUCACUCUGAACAUCAGUCAGGGCUCUGCUAAGCAUCAAACUGAGAGACAGAAUGAAACUCAAGUUUACUCCAGUCUGCUCUAUGGUGAUGCUUCUGUCUAUGAAUCAGUCACAACAGCAAACACUGAGAAUGAUGAAGCAGCCAAUGAUUACAUUAAUGUGACACCUAUCCACCAGCCUGAAGUUUGUGAAGGUCCAUGAAAGGCAGAGCGUCAUCAAUAAAACAAGAGACUCACCGACAAUAACAUGAAAUGCAGCGUUGCAGUUCAAACAUGUUUGACAACUUUUGUACAACUGCUGCCAUCCCAACAUCAGACAUGCAGCAGUUUGUGCGGUUUUGUUCUAGAUCAUAUUAAAGAAUUAUGACCUGGAUUUAGCUUCAAUAUAAAUGGCAACACUGCUAAUAGUGCUUUUACACUCAUCCUUAUUCCAUACAUUUUGUUGUAAUGCUGUAGUCAGUAGUGAUGUUAGGCAGGUUGGUGUUACCAUCAGGCUUGCUCAGCAUGUUUCAAUGACUUGUUUAGACAAUUAUUUGCUAGAAAUGUAUUUGUGAUCAUCUUAAUAUUCCUUUUAAUAGCUCUUACUGCUUUGUCAUGUAGCAUCAUGUUAAGAAAUUAUGUGAACAAAAGCAGAGACAUAAUCAUCAGUGUGAAUUUGUUAUGUGUUUGUUGCACAAUGGCAAAAUACAUUAAUACUGUAUCUUUAUUGUAAAUAAGCAGUUGCUCAAGAUAUUGAUACUUCAGUCUUUGUUUCAUUGGUAUCUUUUGUGUUUUAGAAGCAAAUGUCAGCUUAUUUUUAUUUGCAGUAGUUGUGAAAGAAGUGUCACCCUGUAAAGUGUUCUGUGUCAAACUAA